GCAGAGCAAUGACUUGUGGUUCAAGAGGCGACUCGCAGUACGUUACGUCGCCGGGAGACAUCAAUGGUGGAGUACGCAUCCAUUUAGGGAAAGGUCUGAGAGAGACCGUUACUGGAGCUUACAUGGAGAGCUGAGACUGAAUAUGAGAUUAACGUCCUUAAUGAUGUACAUAUCGUCGGUUGUGCUAUUUAUUUUGUAUGUAUAUAUCGAUUUUUCUGAAGCUGCACCUCGCAUCAGUCUCUACGAUGCGUAUCCUAUCUCCAGGAAGCCAGACGCAGACUCCGACACCUGGAAGACCUUCCAUUCAGAUAUGCAUCGCCGUUUACCCGAGAACAGGUUCGCGUUGGCACAGUCGUCUGCUAUGGGCAUAGUUAGCCAUAUCCCACAAAACCCCGUUCUUUCUGCAACAACAAAGCCGUCUACCGCCGAUUUCGACAUCGGAGACAUUUCAAGCGCCAAGGAAGACAUCGCGCCGCUGAUUUCCAGGUCAAGCGCUCCCCGCAAAAGAUCCACUGAUGCACACACAUCAUUCUUUGCCCCGGAGAAAAUGCUACAGACAAUGAUGUCCGUGGUUUCUCAGCGGACAGACAACGAUGCGUGGUCGGCAGAUAGGGUCGACACAUCUGUUACCUCAUCGGAGAAUAGUCAAGAUGGCUUCUGUAACUGCAGCACUGGAGGAGAAGGGAUUUUGUAUCCAGAUGAGUGUAACCGGAGCACUGGUCAGUGCUCAUGUCUGGACGGCUACACCGGUCUACAGUGUGAUGACUGUGAGGAGGGCUACUUUACCAAUGGCACCAGCGGCUGCCUGCCCUGCACCUGUGACUCAUUCGGUGCAGUGAGCCACCUGUGUGACAGCUCAGGGAUAUGUGUGUGCAAGGCAGGAGUGUAUGGACCCAAGUGUGAUGAGUGCCACCCAGGCUUCUUCCACUUCAGCAGCACCGGAUGCCAGCCCUGCCAGUGUCACAAUCACACUAACUACUGCCAUCCACAGUCAGGUGUGUGUCUGAACUGUGAGGGCAACACCCAGGGGCCGAAUUGCAAGGAGUGUAAGCCAGAUCAUUACCGCAGCCGUAGCACUGCCUUGACCGAAGCCUGUGUCCUAUGCCCCUGCUCCAACUCUUCCUCCAAUGGCACUUGUCACACCGAUCCCAGUGGCUCCCCAGUGUGUGACCAGUGCCUUGACCCGUACUCUGGCCCACUGUGUGACCAGUGCAGAGCUGGCUUCUACAAAGCAUCCGGGGCUUGCGUGCCAUGUGACUGUAGCGGGAAUGCAGAUCCUCAGGGUCCCCGCCAGCUUUGUCACCCCGACACCGGCCACUGCCUCAGCUGCAUGAACAACACCACCGGGCCUCAGUGCCAGCUCUGUGCUCCCGGAUUUGCGGGGGACGCCCGGGCUCAUAACUGCAGCCGGCUAACGCCUCAGCGUAUUCCCACACCAGCAGGUCGGCCCAAAACAGAGGCCCCUUCGUCCCGUACAGCUUCAUCCUCCAGCAGCAGUGCGACCUCCACCAGAGCAAGAGGCAUCCUGCCCGCCUCCACAUCCAGCGGCAACUGGAGCAUGACACUGAGCACGGCCGCCACCACUCAGGCCCUGCUGACUAGCCUGAGCAGCCCUACCGACAAUACCACAGCAGCUCUGACCGACGUCUCCUGGACACAGUUCAACAUUAUUAUCUUGGCCGUCAUCAUCCUGGUGGUGGUCGUGCUCUUGGGCUUCGUCGGUGGGGUGUACACUUACAGAGAAUACCAGAACCGGAAACUCAACGCGCCUUUCUGGACCAUCGAAUUGAAAGAGGACAACAUCAGCUUCAGCAGCUAUCACGACAGCAUUCCUAACGCCGAUGUGUCAGGCCUCCUGGAGGAUGAGGCCAACGAAGUGGCACCCAACGGUCAGCUAGCACUUACCGCACAGAGCAACUGCUACAAGGCUUAGCGCCCCCAAACCCAUCCCGGGACUAGACUCCUUACAUUUACAGAUCACAUAAAGCUGCUGCAAAGUACCAAAUACAAAGCUCCCACCUCAUGUAUGACAGACCGCUGUCUGCGGCACUUCGCAGCUCCUCAAAAUGACCGUGAUAUCAAGCCACAAGUGAGAGAAUACAUUUCCUCUUUUUUUUUAUGUGAUUUUAACGGGGUCAUCGGUGAGCAGCGUCCAAAGAAAAGUGUUUUAUUAUUGUCGUGUUUUCAGAAGACAGUGUUUGAGUUGUUCGGGAAUUGGAGCUUGAACCGUUUGCUGAAAUAACAAUCUGCUGAGCACCAGGAGGACUUAGAGUAAAUGAGCCAGGCUUUUUCACACAUUUGUAAAAUGGACGUUUGACUGCUUUGAGUGGAUCACGCUUCCUGUGAUCUUAAACUGAGACAAUGAUUGUUAUUUAAUUACUUUUGGCGCUGUUAUGAAUUAUUUAUUUGGUUGACGUUUCAUCCUUGAGAGAAAUGCUGCACAUGUAUGAGGUGUUUGUUCCUGUGUGUUGUCGAAUGGUAGGUUUCGAUGACCAAUUAGUUUUUUCAUGUAUAGUUUCUGAUUUGAAGAGAGGGGACAAUGAAGGCUGCUGGCAAUUGCUUCAGUUGUUUAUACCUUCCUAUCUUUUUUUCCUGAAAGCAUGACAGUGCACCUGAUGUAUCCCAGAGGAGUGUUGUUGUUUUUUCGGAGGCCUCAACAACCAUUUAUGAAAACAUACAACUGCAGGCCAGUGACGUAUAAAGUGCUUGCGGAAAAUGUCAGCGUUAACAGUCUAAUCCGCUCUUUUGCUGAGGUUGGCAGCAACCAUUUGAAAAAGUGCUCAUUUCAAUGUGGAGGUGGGGCUUGAAGACUAAGCCUCAGGUAAAUUAUCUGUAAAACAUCGAUAAUAUUCAAAUAUAAACUUGGUUAUGAGCAUGUCUUAAACUCAUCACCUGUACAUCAAAUUUGCACUGCUGUGAAAUCUUUAUCUUGCUCUGUGUUGCUCCGACUUCCAUCGUUUGGCUGUGCACAUUUUUAUCACAGCAAAUGAGUAAUGCUAAUUGUGAGACUUAAUUCCUCAGGUACUGGCUCUUUCCCUAAUGUGAUCUCUGUAAAUGUGUACAGUGAUCGAAUGUGAAUAGUUGUACAGGUAGAAUAUUGCGCGUUCGCUGUCACUCAGCGGGCUCCCAAGCGCUCAUUCACGAGGGAGCCAUGUUGUAAGCCAGCCCACAGCUUUUUAUACGUUUUCUUUUUCUUAUUGUCACUGUCAUAUAUGCAGAUGGACGACUCAAAUGCACCGCCAACUCGAAAUAAACAAUGGAAUGUGAAUAAUAUCCCAAAGUCAGCGCUCCAACUUGUAAAUAAAAAGGAUUUAACGGUC